AUGAAGAUUAGGACGACCUAUACCAAACCUCCUUCAGAAAUGAAGAUUAUGACGACCUAUACCAAACCUCCUUCAGAAAUGAAGAUUAUGUCAACCUAUACCAAACCUCCUUCAGAAAUGAAGAUUAGGACGACCUAUACCAAACCUCCUUCAGAAAUGAAGAUUAUGACGACCUAUACCAAACCUCCUUCAGAAAUGAAGAUUAGGACGACCUAUACCAAACCUCCUUCCGAAAUGAAGAUUAGGACGACCUAUACCAAACCUCCUUCAGAAAUGAAGAUUAUGACAACCUAUACCAAACCUCCUUCAGAAAGGAAGCUUAUGACGACCUAUACCAAACCUCCUUCAGAAAUGAAGAUUAGGACGACCUAUACCAAACCUCCUUCCGAAAUGAAGAUUAUGACAACCUAUACCAAACCUCCUUCAGAAAUGAAGAUUAUGACAACCUAUACCAAACCUCCUUCAGAAAUGAAGAUUAUGACAACCUAUACCAAACCUCUUUCAGAAAUGAAGAUUAUGUCGACCUAUACCAAACCUCCUUCAGAAAUAAAGAUUAUGACGACCUAUAUCAAACCUUCUUCAGUGGAUGGCAGCGGGCAGAGUUCGAACUCCGGACCUUCGUGA